AUGAAUACCGGACGUUUCGUGGCUUUUUUCUUCUUGCCUGCCUUCAAACGACGACGACAGCUCCGCAUGCCACAUGGCCGUGGCGGGGGCAAAGCCAAUUUGGUUUGGUAUUUUUGGAAAAGCCAGACACUCUUUGGAAAUCUGGCCCUGCAGGAAUCUUCACAUCUACGGAGCGUCGCACUGACAUUUCGCUCUGUCAAAGUGCUCGACGUUUCCUGGUGGAUAUUCCUCUCCGCCAAUAACCUUCCCGAUUCGUCUCAGCGGAUACUCGUAGGGUUUCAAGUUUUGGGAUAUGAUUUUGAUGAGCCUUCUCCGUCCCCAGCCAGACAUAAGCGCCAGUCGAAAUUUCCGACACAUCAGUACCCUCUGGUCGGAGCACCCAAGGAAAAGCUAUUCCAGUACUUCUUAGCUUUGUGGCUGGAAACGGCCAGCAGUUCCAAACGCGCACGACUAUUGAACCCAGACAGACUUUCAUAA